AUGGACGAAGCCGACGGAGCCGCAGUCGUAGCCGGGGCAGAAGAUGAAGCGACAUUCGAUGAGGAAGGAACAAAAGUAGUGGAGGGAGCAGCUGCAGACGAAGAAGCUGAGCUGGCAACAGGCGCAGCCGAGCUUGAAGAGCUAGCAACAGAUGCCGCAGAUGAGCUGGAAACAGGGGCAACCGAGCUCGAAGAGCUGGCGACAGGUGUCUCGGAUGAGCUGACCACGGUAGCAGAGGAAGAGCUGUCAACGGCAGCAGAAGAAGAGCUUGCGACAGAGGCAACCGAAGAGGAUGAGCUGGCAUCAGAAACGACUGAGCUGGAGGAGCUGAUAGAGGAACCAACUGAGGACGACGCCGUAGUGGUAACGGGGGCAGUGGUUGACGUGCUAGAACCAGCUGCAGUGGUAGAAGCGGAACUUGAGGUAUCGGCAGCGGUAGUCGAUGACGACACCGGGCUGCUGGAAGAGCCACUGGUGCUUGCUGUAGCAGACGUGGAGCUGGGUUCAGCUGAGGAAGAAGUUUCGGUGGAGGUGCUCGUGGAGGGGCUGGAGGUGUCACUCUGGGAACUACUAGAGCUUGAAGAGGCAGAGGAGCCGGUGGAGGUGGUGCUUCCGCUGCUUGAAGGCGAAGUAGUGGAGCUGGAGCUGGAGCUGCCACUGCUCGUAGGCGAGGCAGUCGUGGUCGACUGGCUGGAAGAAUCGCUGCUAGAGAUGCUUGAGCUACUUGAGCUGCUGGAUGAGGACGAUGAAAUGCUUGUGGUGGGUUGGCUCGAGGUGUCACUGCUGGAAAUGCUAGAGGACGAAGAGGAGGUCGACGUCGGGGUAGUAGUGGCUGCAGAGCUGCUGGAGCUGCUGGAUGUGUCGGUACUAGACGUUUCGCUACUAGACGUUUCGCUGCUAGAAGAAGACGUUGAAGUAGUGGAGAUCGACGUCGGGCUAGUAGUGGCAGCAGAGCUGCUGGAGCUGCUGAACGUGUCUGUACUAGACGUUUCACUGCUAGAGGAAGACGUUGUAGUCGUAGAGACCGACGUCGGGCUAGUAGUGGCCGCAGAGCUGCUGGACGUGUCGGUACUAGACGUCUCUGUACUAGACGUUUCACUGCUGGAAGAAGACGUUGUAGUCGUAGAGACUGACGUCGGGCUAGUAGUGGUCUCAGAGCUGCUGGAGCUGCUUGACGUGUCGGUACUAGACGUCUCUGUACUAGACGUCUCACUACUAGACGUCUCACUACUAGACGUUUCACUGCUGGAAGAAGACGUUGUGGUCGUAGAGACUGACGUCGGGCUAGCAGUGGUCGCGGAGCUGCUGGAUGUGUCGGUACUAGACGUGUCGGUACUAGACGUGUCGGUACUAGACGUUUCGCUACUAGUCGUUUCGCUGCUAGAAGAAGAUGUUGUAGUCGUAGAGAUCGAUGUAGUAGAGGUAUCAGUCGUGGUCGACUGGCUUGAGGUGUCGGUACUAGACGUGUCGGUACUAGACGUGUCGGUACUAGACGUGUCGGUACUAGACGUGUCGGUACUAGUCGUUUCGCUGCUAGAAGAAGAUGUUGUAGUCGUAGAGAUCGAUGUAGUAGAGGUAUCAGUCGUGGUCGACUGGCUUGAGGUGUCGGUACUAGACGUUUCCGUGCUAGACGUUUCGCUGCUAGAAGACGUCGAAGUCGUAGAGAUCGACGUAGUAGAGGUAUCAGUCGUGGUCGACUGGCUUGAGGUGUCCGAGGAAGUGGAAGAGGAAGUUGAGGUCGUCGAGGUGGUGGUGGUGGCAAUGGCUUGGACGUUGAAGUGGAUUUCACCAGCUGUACCACCGCAGUUUUCAGUGCCAGACCCAUCACCAGGGCAGGCCGUGUCGCAGUUGCUUUCGGCGAUAGAGGAAACUCCUUGGGGGGUUCCACCGCAGGAACAGGUGUACUCCACAGGGCUAGCACUAUCAUCGGACUCGUAG